AUGACACGCCGAGGCCAGAUGGCAAGGCGACAACACAGCACGACAAGGCAAGUCGCGCAUGGUUAUAUCUUGUCCGGUCUUCGUGCUGAAACGUGGAAAUUGUACAUUGAACAGGCAAUCAAACAGGAAGAAGAAUACCUCAAAGCAUGUAACAUGGAAAUGGACACAAUGCUUCUAUUUGCAACUCUGUUCUCCGGGGUGCUUACUGCCUUCGUCAUCGAAUCCUAUCCAAGCCUGGAGGCGGACACCGGUGACGUGGCCGUUCAACUAUUGCAGCAGAUCCUCGUCACCCUGCAAGCAAAUAGUACCGCGCCACCGACGGAGACCAUUCAUGUCGACCAGUUCUUCCAGCCCGACAGCUCUGCUGUACGCGUUAACUCGUACUGGUUUGCCGCAUUGGUUGUCAGUAUCUCGACCGCAUUCCUCACCAUCCUCGCCAAGCAGUGGCUCUUCAGUUUGAGUCGGGGAUUAGCAUCCACUGAGGAAAUGAUGGGGCGGCAACAGCAGUAUCGACACGACAACCUGAGCGCCUGGAGGCUGGCCCCGAUCCUGCUCGCGCUUCCCGUCCUGCUCCAUAUAUCACUAUUGCUGUUCCUCAUAGGCCUAGUGGAGUUUCUCCUACCGAUCAAUAAAAUCGUCGCCACUGUCGCCGGAAGCCUUGCUGCGGCCACUAUCCUAUUCUACGCCAUCACGCAUAUCGUAUCUCUCGUUCGCCCUGCCUGCCCAUACCGGACCUCCGUUACAAAUGUAAUCCUCGCCUGUAAUGAUUCCUUCUUCAGGGAGGUGAUGGCCGAUUGGUGGAGUAUCAAGACUGUCAUCGAGAUCCGGCUCCCCAUGUUCAUCCGAUCAUGGCUUCGGUCGCUGUCCGCAGAGAGCCUGGAGGCCUACGACUACACUAUCGGCGCUCUCGGACACCCAGGCUUGUGGAGAAGGAAGAACAAGGCUUGGUGGUCGCAAAAGCUCUCAAGGAUAUUCACGCCGGAGUACUGGGAGGACAAGUACAUCGCGAGCAACGCAGAGGAGAUAGAUGCUCGCGCGCUUGCGAGAAUGGUCAAAAUGUUCCCGCGCUCGGAGGCAUGCCCUCAGCUUCUCGUGGAAGAUCUCGUCCGAUUCCGCGGUCUCGUGGCACACAGAGACAUCCUGCUCGAGGCGGGUGCAAUUGGAUUAGUAGUGCGAAACCUCCGCAGCAUCUACGGAGGGGCUUUGGGUAACUUACCUGCGGAAACACGGGAGGUGGUUUUGCGCUUGGCCGGCGCGCUGGCACGAAUGGUGACCGAAGCCGAAGAAGACGACCCCCGCACCCCCGUGCGUAUCUCAGGUAUCCCGCUUCCCUUGGAUCCUGCAAUUGCCAGCGACGUUCUGCUCGGCGAUGAUGGCAUCAGAUCCUUGACUGCCUCCAGCCUGUGCGUGCCUGACGCGCCUGUCCGCGACCACGGAAAUCUCACGUUCUUCGCGAACAUGCUGCGGCUUCACCUCGUAGUCUCCUCUGACCAAUGGUACUGGCGACCGAUCAAGACCUCAGUCGAAGGGUUUCAUAACCGCAUACUAGAUCGGCUCGAAAUCACCAACCUUGGAGAUGAGCACCUCCUUACGCUUGUCAACACCACAAUUUAUAUCGCCAUGCGACCAAUUCAAGUGGAGUCGGACAGUAUUCGCGCCUGGGCAGAGGAUCGUCCUCAAGCGCAGAACUCGGAUCGUGCGCUGGAGAUUUUGACCACGAUCAUGCUCCAGAACCCGGGCAUGGGGCAUGCCGUCCGGCGUCAGAUCUGUUGGGGAAUCUGGCGAUGCCACAAGCAAAUACCGGCCCGCGGCAAAUACAUACAGUUCGGAUCGCUCAUUCCUAUAGUGGCGAAGACAGAGCACUUGGCAGAGCAUCUGGCCGACUUCUUGGCAUCUCCUAAAAAUCACAUUAUUGCCAUUGGUUCCCCUGUCCAGCGUGCGGUGCUCGCUUUAACGGAGGGGCUGAUGCGUUCCUCUUCCAAGGAGACCGUGGAGGUCGACCAGCGUGACAGAGACCGACUCCUUUUUACCCUGACGAACGCAUUGCCAGACUUCCUGGACGUGUUGUGUCUACAAUACUGCGAAGGGGAGAUCUCUUCACUUAUCUCUUUUUUCCGACAGACCGCCACCAUCUGUGUUCUGAUACUCUCUGCUGAAGGCGGCGACAACGCUGAGAGGCCAGUCCUGGACAAGAAGCGCCUCCUGCGCUCGUUAUGUGGGCUACUAGUGCAAGUAGCCCGCGGAGCCGGGCAACCCCCGACUCCCACACGUCGCCAGUCUAGGACAUCGUUAGUCCAGGAGAAAGAUUCAGCGUCACAUAUCCAGGAGAUGACAGCACCUGCGCACACUCUACCUCUCACUCGUACCUCAUCAGGAGCCUCAUUCACCCAGGAAAAUGUGACCGAUCCAGUCCAUGAAGUGGCGGUCUCGAAUCUAGACGGCAUGACAUUCGAUUCUCAGCCCGGUUCGCAAACGAGUGACAAUGAUAGCCUUCGGCGUAUCGCAUACGGUACUGCUUGCCAAAUCGCACUUCUUGAGCUGUCGGCCAAGAAAAUCAUUCAGGACGUACCACAACACAAGCCUGCCUUUGAGGCCGUUUCUACAGAGACACUCGUCAAGGAGGGGUUUCUACCUGUUCUGCAUGCCGCACCGUCACUGUCCACAUAUUCAGAGGAGAUAAAGACGGUGCUAUCUAUCAUUGCGACCUUAUCCUGCAAUCGCGAUGCAACCGUUCUCGACAUGGAGAUCCUGAAGGCCCUGCGCGACCCAUCGAACGCGAUGCCGGAUCUACUCCUUCGAUUAAACCACAUACAAGGGUACAAGGACUGCCUUGAUGCAGCGUUACACAACCUUGUGGAAACCCUUGCAUGA